AUGCAGGAAAGCUUCAGAUUUGCUUCAUCGGGAGAUGAUAUUAAAAUAUGGGAUGCUUCAUCUAUGACCUUGGUGGAAAAGUUCAACCCACACACAUCACCCCACGGAGUCAGCUCAAUAUGUUGGAGCAGCAAUAGAUUGGAGCAAAAGCAGACAUGUGUCAAUUUAAAUUCCACGUCUAUGUAUUUGGUAAGCGGAGGCUUAAAUAAAACUGUUAAUAUUUGGGACUUAAAAUCAAAAAGAGUUCAUCGAUCUCUUAAGGAUCAUAAAGAUGAAGUAACGUGUGUAACAUAUAAUUGGAAUGAUUGCUGUGUUGCUUCUGGAUCUCUGAGUGGUGAAAUUAUUUUGCACAGUGUAACCACUAAUUUAUCGAGUACUCCAUUUGGCCAUGGAAAUAACCAGUCUGUUCGGGACUUGAAUUACUCCUGGUUUAAGAAAUCACUGCUGGGCAGUGUUGCGGAUAACGGGGUAGUAACUCUCUGGGAUGUGAAUGGUCAGAGUCCAUACCAUAACUUUGAAAGUACACAUAAAGCUCCGGCUUCAGGGAUCUGUUUUUCUCCUGUCAAUGAACUGCUAUUUGUAACCAUAGGAUUGGAUAAAAGAAUCAUUCUUUACGACACUUCCAGUAAGAAGGUAGUAAAAACUUUAGUUGCCGAUGCCCCUCUAACUGCGGUAGAUUUCAUGGCUGAUGGAGCCACUUUGGCUAUUGGAUCUUCCCGGGGGAAAAUAUAUCAAUAUGAUUUAAGGAUGUUGAAAUCACCAGUGAAAACCAUCAGUGCUCACAAGACAUCUGUGCAGUGUAUAGCAUUUCAGUUCUCCACUGCUUUUUCUAAGUCAAGUUUAAAUAAAGGUUGUUCAAAUAAGCCCAUGGCAGUGAACAAACGAACUGUCAAUGUGAACAAUACCAGUGCAGGAGUUCAGAAUUCUGGAAUUGUCAGAGAAGCAAAGACCACUUCCAUUGCCACAGUUCUACCACAGCCCAUGACAGCAGUUGUGGGGACAGGAACAGUUGCAGUUCAAGACAAAGCAGGUUUGCCUCGAAGCAUAAACACAGAUAUUUUAUCAAAGGAAACAGACGGUGGAAAAAAUCAAGAUUUCUCCAGCUUCAAUGAUACUGGGAAAAGUAGUUUAGGUGACAUGUUCUCACCUAUUAGAGACGAUGCUGUAGUUAACAAGGGAAGUGAUGAGCCCAUGGUCAAAGGAGAUGGCCUUGAUUUCCUACCACAGUUGAACUCAGUGUUUCCUCCAAGAAAAAAUCCAGUCACUUCAAGCACUUCUGUAUUGCAUUCUAGUCCUCUUAAUGUCUUUAUGGGAUCUCCAGGAAAAGAAGAAAUUGAAAAUCAUGAUCUGGCAGCUGAGUCUAAGAAAAUGUAUCUCGGAAAACAAGAAGCUAAAGACUCUUUGAAACAGUUUGCAAAGUUGAUCUCCUCCGGUGCUGAAACUGGAAAUUUAAAUACCUCUUCAUCAUCUAACCAAGCAAGAAGUCCUGAGAAAUUGGAAAAGCCAGAGAAAGAACUAGAAACCCAGUUGAUGUAUGAACCACCUAUCAAUGGAUCCUCUACCCCAAAUCCAAACAUAGCAUCCUCCGUCACUGCUGGAGUUGCCAGUUCACUGUCAGGAAAAAUAGCUGAUACCAUUGGAAAUAAUCAGCCAAAUGCACCGUUGACAUCUGUUCAAAUCCAUUUUAUUCAGAACAUGAUACAGGAAACACUGGAUGACUUUAGGGAAGCGUGCCAUCGGGACAUUGUGAAUUUGCAGGUGGAGAUGAUUAAACAAUUCCAUAUGCAGUUGAAUGAAAUGCACUCUUUGCUGGAAAGAUAUUCAGUGAAUGAAGGAUUAGUGGCUGAAAUUGAAAGACUGAGAGAAGAAAAUAAAAGACUACGUGCUCACUAUUGAAAUUUCAGUUCAUACCUUAUUAUUUUGUAAUUUGGGAUUGUUUAUGGCAACACAGAAGUACAUAUAAUCAGUAUUGUUUCUUUGGCCUCUGGAAAAUUUUGUUUUCACACAAAAGGGUGAUGACAGGCUUUUUCACAAAUUGCUAUUUCUUCUUUGUUAAAAAUAUUUAUAUUUUUAUAUUAAAAACAGUGCGUAAUAUGUUGUCUGCCUAAUAGGAAAGUCAACAGGAUUUUUAUUUUCAGAAAGCUUUAGCUUUACACUAAGUGCCCUUUUUCAUAAGAAGAAAAGUGUGCAUGAAACAAUUGGUUAUGUAUACUUUUUAAUCACUUUUUUUAAUAGAUAUAUUUUUGAUUGACAAAUAACCUUCCAAAUUUUUUGGAGUGUUUGAAGAUUAAAGAGUUUGAUAUGCCCUCUAUUUUUAUGG